AUGACUCCACAGCCGCCACCCAUCCACCCUUCACCAUGGCAGCCGUUGCCACUGCCUCUAUCACACAUAGAGUUGGAGGGUAUGCUGGAUGCAAAUGAGCCGACACAAUGGAUGCAAGAGGAUAACUCUUUUAAUACUAAUACUGGCUACGAAUUCCAACCAUUUCCCUCAGACAUCAGUGAUUUGGAAUGGUCGCAAUGGACAAACUAUGAGUCACACUUCAUACCAAGCGCUGAUGCACAAGCACAACCUGGACAUCAAGAUCAUGAAGAAUUAAAGGUUUCAGGAAAUACAUAUGAUCCUGCUCUGCCUUUAGCAAGGGAAUAUGUUGACCCAUCCCUGUCGCAACGAAGUCUCACCAAUGUUUCCCAGUGGCUUGACGGGGCAUAUCGUCCUCCUGUAUCAUGUGCUCAUUGUCGCAGACAUCGGCUACAAUGUCUGAUAAUUCGCACUGGCCCCGCCAACCCAAACCCCAAAAAUGCCUGCUCAAGCUGCGUGGCCCUUUUUCGGGAAUGCAGCUUGGCAAAGGGAGAGAAACGACUCCCGUCGGGCUUUGAGACUUUCUCUCCGGUCUUAGGUCAUCUCCACGGUGUACCGGAAGAUGGAAACCCAUUACCCGCUACCAAUACAUGCAUGGACGAUUGCGAUGACCGAAAAGAACCUAAACAGUUUCUGAGAAAAGGAGCUAGAGUUCUCCGCGAGUGGUUCUAUCAACAUCAAGAAUAUCCUUAUCCAACAGAUGCACAAAAGAAUCAAAUGGCAAACGAGACUGGCUUCUCCCAAAAGCGCAUAUCAACCUGGUUUGCAAAUGCUCGCCGCCGUCAAAAGCAAAAGAUCCAGACUGCAGGUCUUUCUUCAACAUCCCGUACUCGCUCAGGCUCCCCCAUGGUCACCAGCACGCUGUCAUCCCUGACUCCCAUGGAGCGAUGGCAGGCAUCCCCACCAGAUGAGGAACCUGUUCCAGAAGCGGCAAUUCAGAAUGCCCUUGCCUCUGGCUCGAUAGAGUCGGACGAUAGCAUUGACCCAUUCCAGCUCGAUGGGUCUACCAUGGAUUUCUUCAAUUUCGAUGAGAGCUCGUCACAUUUGGCGUCCUCGGUAUCGAGUAUUGGAAGCAAAGCGUCUGAGACAUCUGAUAGCGCCUCUUCAGCAUGGAGCUACCAUUCCUCAGCAGAUACCGGGCUGCCAUUCCCACUACUCCCCAAACAAACCAAACCCAAACGCAUCCGAGGACGGCAACGCGCAGCAGUAGAUCAUCAUUACCAGUGCACAUUCUGUACGCAGUCUUUUAAAAAGAAACACGACUGGGCCCGCCACGAGAAAAGUGUCCAUCUCACCCUUGACUCCUGGGUCUGCACUCCAAAUCUCAGCGAAGUCCAACAAGCGUUCGACCUCCAGUUUUCUGAAUGUCCCUUCUGCGAUGUCCUUUUCCCAACGCCCGCCCAUUUGGAAGAGCAUGAAUUCCAAGUCUGUGCCAAUAAGCCUGCUCAAGAGCGAUCGUUCAGUCGAAAGGAUUAUCUCUGGCAGCAUCUGCGAAAAUUCCACAGUUGCACGAAAGCCCCCGUGGCUGACCUUGAAGCCUGGCGCGGAUCGGUCGCUAACGUCGAAAGCCGCUGUGGAUUCUGUGGAUGCUCACUGUCUACCUGGUCAGCUCGGGCAGAGCAUCUGGCGGGUCAUUACAAGAAAGGAUCUCGUAUGGAUCAAUGGGAAGGUGAUUGGGGUUUGGAUGCAUCUAUUUUGAGUGUUUUACGCAACGCGGUCCCACCCUCUCAGCAGGCCAUCAUAAACAUGUCUGCUUAG